UAAGAACACCCGAAAGAAGAAGGCAAUCACCCUCUCUGACCUGGGCUUCAGCUCGAGCUUAGCCUCUCUCUCUCUCUGGUUUGGUGCUUUCUUGGAGUUCAGUUCGCUUCAUCAUUAUUCAGCAGCCAUGGUUUCUGCAGAUGCUGCCCGUACAGCAGUCGGCGUCUUGGGAAAUGCGAUCGCGCUCUUCUUGUUUCUAUCGCCGACGCCAACGUUCAUCCGGAUAUGGAAGAAGGGCUCGGUGGAGCAGUACUCGCCCGUGCCGUACCUGGCCACCCUCAUCAACUGCAUGGUGUGGGUUCUGUACGGCCUCCCCAUGGUCCACCCCCACAGCACCCUCGUCGUCACCAUCAACAGCGCAGGGACCCUCAUCGAGCUCGUCUACAUAAUCCUCUUCCUCUUCCACUCCGACCGGCAGAAGAGGCUCUGGGUGGCGGCGGCAGUGCUUGUCGAGCUCAUCUUCAUCUCGGCCCUCGCGGCCCUGGUCCUGACCUCGGUCCACUCCCACCAGCAGAGGUCCAUGGUUGUCGGGAUCGUGUGCAUGGUGUUUAACGUCAUGAUGUACGCCUCGCCGUUGUCCGUCAUGAAACUGGUGAUAACGACGAAGAGCGUGGAGUUCAUGCCCUUCUUCUUGUCCCUCGCUUCUUUUGCCAACGGCCUGUGCUGGACUGCUUACGCCCUCAUCCGAUUUGAUGUCUUCAUUGCUGCUCCUAAUGGGCUCGGGUCACUGUUCGGGCUGGCCCAACUGAUCCUGUAUGCCACAUACUACAAGUCCACAAAGCAACAAGCGGCUGCCAGAAAGCUCAAGGAGAUGAGCUUAUCGGAAGUGGCGGUGAAUAAUGGAGGAGACUGAAGACUCCAAGAAAAUCGAUGGCACUGCCCCCGCAGAACAAGAUUCAAAAGGGCAUGAAAUAAGAUGACAUCACGAUUGAUAAUUUCUAGCCAAAUCACAAGAUUGGCCAGAUUCAACUUAGAUGCUUGGUUUCUCCUUAAAUUGAUGCAAAUUUAGAGUGCACCCGGAAGUCGAUUUCGAGUUUAUUUCCAACAAAGUACGCUCUCUGGUCGCAGUUAAUUAUAAAAUUGUGGGCUUUUAUUUUUUU